CAUAGCGGCGCCCAGGAGGAGCUGCGUUUCACUCGCGAGUUUAGCUGAACGCACUUUCUGAGCGGACUGAUGGAGGGGAGAGAGUUUCUCGCCUCUCUUGGGGCUGGUGGCCUGGCAGGAAUGUGUGUGGAUCUGACACUCUUCCCACUGGAUACCAUAAAAACCAGACUACAGAGCCAGCAGGGAUUCUACAACGCUGGAGGGUUCCGUGGGAUUUAUGCUGGUGUUCCUUCUGCUGCCUUAGGGUCCUUUCCUAAUGCUGCACUUUUCUUCGUUACCUAUGACUGUACAAAAUCUGUGCUGGGUUUAUGUGUGUCUACAAAACAAGCUCCAAUUGUCCACAUGAUUGCUGCUUCUCUUGGGGAGGUGGCUGCAUGUCUGAUAAGGGUUCCUUCUGAAGUUGUCAAACAACGAGCUCAAGCCUACCCCUCACUGGGUACCUAUAAGGUGUUCCUUGAUACUAUAAGGCAGGAGGGUAUCCUAGGAUUCUACAGGGGCUAUGGAAGCACAGUAAAACGAGAGAUUCCCUUUGCUCUGGUCCAGUUUCCUCUGUGGGAGUUUCUUAAGGCCGUGUGGUCAUGGAAGCAGAAUCGUGCGGUUGAUUCUUGGCAAGCUGCAGUCUGUGGAGCAUUUGCAGGUGCAUCUGCAGCAGCAGUCACUACCCCUCUCGACCUAGCAAAGACAAGAAUCAUGCUAGCUAAGACAGGCACCACCACUGCCAGUGGAAAGGUGUUACCAGUUUUGAAAAACAUCUGGGAAACACAAGGGAUUUCUGGUGACCUUACCUCUGAGCAAGAAGGUUCAAGUCCCAUCUGUUCCAGAGAUGUGUGAUUGGGAUCAACAUGUGGGAUCUGACUUGAACUCAGAGGAUGUUGCUAAGGAGUUACAUAGCGAUAAGAAAUAGGAGAAGGCCAUAGGUAAGUGUAAUGAGGCUCCAUCACAGUUUUAUGAGUCAACUUAUUUGAGUGGCAUAGCCGUGACAGCUUGCACCUUGAUUCCUCCUCCUGCAGUGCAACCAUUGCACCCUGAUGAAAAUUCCAAACUUAUUAACAGAUCAAUUGGCAAAUUGGGCAGGUUACCAAGCACUCCCUUCCCCAUUCCUAACCAAAAUUGCCAACAGCAAUCCUGCACAACAGCCCAUUAGUAUUCAUUUCUAUAGUCACCUGCUUCCACACCUACCUCUGAAUGGGCAUAAAAUCUUGCUAAUGGUUGAAAACAAGAGGAUGGUGCCUUUCAACUCUGAAAGCUGUGUAGGUGCAGGAAUCAUCAGCAUAAUCAAUUAGAUGCCUUGUUACUAAACACAGCAAACUUUGUGGCCCAUUUACUGAGUAUGCCUUUGUAAACAACCCCAGUACCUGAACAGGUCCUUUGUGGACUUACUUCAUGGUAUGAAGUCCAUUCAGGAGAAUAUGUUGUAACACUGAUAUAGAUGGAUGGAGACCUUAUUUUCCUGAGAACAGGUAUGAAUUAGGCCAAUUAAUGCGUUUCUUUUUAACCUUCUUUGCUCAAGUUCAACUAACACUACACAUUUAACAGUAGGGAAGGCUGGAAAUUCAAGCCUCAAAAACAAGACUGAAUUCAGUUCUAAAAUUAUGCAUGUGCCUUGCUUUUGUUGAGAAUAAAUUAAUAAUGUAUGCCUGGGCUAAUAGUAUACCAUGAUAAGCUGCUUGAUUGUAUAUGAUUACUGCUAACCAGGACAAUGUUGACCAACGUGAUAGCAAACAUGAUUGAAAAAAUAUAAGAAGCUUAUAAAUAAACUUAAUGUUGCAGCAUGAGAUACAGAAAACAUGAAAAUAGAAUUAAACUUAUCCAAAAUAGCUUUUUUUGGAUUAUUAACAGAAGCAGAAAAAGUUGGACAUUAUAGUUUGAAUAUAUUUUUCUUU